UUUUUGGAAGAUUUAUUAAGACGCAUAUAAGUUAGAUAGAUGAAAGAUUAAUGAAGCAAGGUGUGAGAUAAAUUGAAUUUUAUCAAAUUAUCGAAUGAGGAGAGUUCGCGGAAGGGAUCUAGAAAGAUGGAGGACGAGAACGCCGAUCAAGAUGGCAGCACCAUCAAGGACGUUAAAACAGAUUCGAACGCUCGUGUCAUCGCAUGAUUGUGACUCCAUUCGUCGAAGAGUAUUACGUGGGUGGACACACGAUGAAUGUCAAUAAGGACUUUAAGGUCGUUCAUACUUAUUAAAAAAGGGCGGAGAACAGUCGUGCCGAAGUCAGAACGCAUUCAGACAUGGACAGGAGCAUCUUCUACGUUUUGUCAUCGUGUGUGCUGCUUGUGUGGGCAGAUGAUAGUUUCCUCACAAAGGAAGUAGAACGAAGAUGGAACACACCACCCAAGCUUAUACCGGAGCAACUCAUCAAGACAUCAGAUAUGAGGGAUGCACGAUUAUUGUCUAUUCCAAUCACAACAAAUAUCAACGUUAACGCUGGAAGCAAUGCGCACUCUUUGGGCUUCCAAGUGGGGCCGGAAGGCGUCAGCUACUCGGAGAGCAACAGUUUUAAUCAUCCAUUGUCCGAACCCAGCGGGGCCGUCUCUCAAAGUCAGUCGGUGUCAUUAGCCGCAGGAUCGACAGGAAUCUCCGGUGCCGUGAGUCAAGCUGUCAGUCAACAUCAUCCUGUACGCGGUAAUCAAGGGAAUGUGAACAGUCACGCAUUUGGUUUUGGCAAUGCUGCUGCUUCUUCGUCAGGAAGUGUCGGAAAUGGACAUGCAUCCACGUCUGCUUCGUCUUCGAUCGGUUCCACGCAUUCUUUCGCCUCUUCGAAUGCCGGUAGCGGUAAAUUCCCUGGAAGCACGAGUAUCCGGUUUCCGGGACCAGAUCAAAGGCCUCCGGUUUGGACCAACAUACAACCGAAUCAUAAUAAUAAUGAUCAACCAUCGCGUAUGCCGAAGUUGGAGAUCAACGUUAAACCACAACGCGAACAAAAUCGUGGACCUGUUAUGUUACAUCUGUCGACGCAGCAACCGAGAUGGGAUAACAAACAACCACGGAUUCAUAUACAUAAAUGGCAUCCUAGUUACAGAGUGUAUUAUGACGAUGUACAAACGUAAAUAUAAUGGAAAUUAAA